AUGGCUGAUCCUCUCGAGUCCACAAUGAAUCAGACCAGUAACUUCGGCCAUCGCAGCAUGGUCACAGUCAUUGAAGUAGACACAGCAAACGCAACAAUGACUUCCACCUCUGUGCUGGCAAACAUCAAUGCGGCCUCUCACUCAUCCUCUCCUUCCACAGACAUCGGCGCUCCUGUCAUGGCUGAAGCCUGCUCUUCAGGUUCCGAUGACGACAAUUGCACUCUCACUCGGACGACGACGAUCAAGACAAUCAAAUCAGAAGGUACCACUACGACAAACAUGGCCACUGUCACAUCCAUAUUCACCUCCGUCUCGGUCAGUGUAAUGACGGGUAAGCGGAGCUCGCAGAGCCAGAGUACCUCGAGGUCAAGCUCGUCAAUAUCCUCGGCCACAUCAUCGACCGAGUCUUCGUCCGACAGCUCGUCCACCUCGUCUACCGACUCGUCAGACACCACCUCUGCCACCUCAUCCUCCGAAUCAUCCUCGUCGCAGACUUCAGAGUCCGGAGAUGCAUCGACAACGCCCACCCCUUCGUCUUCGGAGAGCACCUCAUCAGCAGGCAAUCCCACGUCGGCGUCCGGCCCGGCCAUUGUCACUUCCACCACCACAACCGCACCUACACCUUCGUCCAACAGCACACUGCCUCCUAGCGGCACCGACAAUGCUCCGACAUCCAACACGAAACUCGCAUGGAUUGCUGGUCCCGUCGCUGGCGGACUCAUCAUCGCUCUGGCCAUCUUCCUUCUCAUCCGCUACCGCUGCUGCAGAAAAAACCGCAAAGAUUCCGACAAUCCCAAAGAUGACCUACCUGGUCCCUACAGCGACCCGAGUCCACCACCGGGCACAGAACUCCCCUCAGCCAUGGCAGAGCCGUAUAGCGAUGCUCGCCGCAACGUCUACGAAGCACCGCCACAGAGCGCCGUCUCCGAGCUCAGCAGUACAGAGCAUCAGUAUCCGCCGGCAGUCCAACGAUUCUAUGCGCAGCAGAACACUGCCAUCAAUCGAAAGCCGGUCCCUCAACCACAAGAGAUGGCUCAUCCAUCACCACUCCAAGCUGCGUUCCCUCAACACGACCACUUCCCAGCUCGACCGACUUGGCCGGAGAGAACCCCUACUGCACCGCCAGUGCUUGAGCGUAACCCUUCCACUGUGACCACCGUCAGCGCACCUACUACCUAUCAGCCAUACUCCUCCCGCCCAGCAACAGCAGACGGCUCCUCGAUCACCUCUGCUUCUUCUGCCAAUGCAGGCAGAGCACAACAAGUCAAGCGUCAGGCCUCAGCACCUCCUGUCCCUGCCGUUCCUAACAUCCUGAGACCGGGCUACAACGGCUCUGCAGGACGGCUGAGGGUUCCAGAGAAGAUUAGUAUGCCUGCUACAUAUGAGCAAGGUCGCAACAAUCAUGGUCAGGGUGGUCAUGGAGGUCAAAGUCAGGCUAACGAAGGCAGAAAGAUCACACCGCCGUGGGCUGCUGGAACGGAGGGCGGAUUUGGUGGGGACGUGCCGAGGUGGUAG